AUGCUUGCCGUCAUCAUCACCGUCACAUCACAGGACCGAAACCCGAACCUCCCCGACACGAUUGGGACGCGUGUGCCGCACAAGAGAGCGCUGACCCGAACAGAUGGGACUAGGGUCCGUGUUCACCUGUCGGCAGAAACUUUGCUGCCAUCUCAGUUGGACGCACCUGAGCGUGUAAUGGAUGUGCGCACAGUGCGUCGUCCUCCGGCAACUACAACCAGUCACGAAAAAACAGAGUUCUGCGAGCUGACGACGUCUCCUCGUGUGAAACAGCAUACCCGCGCCUUGCGUCUGGCAGAUGUCGCGCAGGAUAGACGUGGCGGGUAUUCAGUGUCUCUGCGACCCCGAUCAGAUCCUCGUUGCUCCCAUUUUAUCUCCGUGCGAUGCGCUGCUGCUUCACAAGCACGCGAUCGUGCGAUCCUGCGGUAG